CCCCCCCCCCCUACAAGUGAUGUUUGCCAAGGCAACCGCAAACUUUGUCCGUCAGAUCGACCCGGAUGGAACUCUGAUCUCUGUCUCCCGCCUUAACGACUCAGACAAAUUGGUUCCCAUGGCACUGGUCGUCAAGCGCAACCGUUUCUGGUUCUGGCAACAGCCCAAGUACCAGCCCUCUGGCUUCACACUCAGUCACCUGUUGUUAGGAGACAAAGAGCUCACCCCAGACGUGUCUGAGUCAGACUUCCUGUCCUAUGAGGGGAGGUUUGGAGACAACCUGAGUGGGAAGCUGGACGCCAAGGCUGGGAACGUCAGUGUCAACGUGGAGGGGGGGGGCUCCUCCAAGCUCCAAUCAUCAUUCAGCAAGCUGAAGAAGCAGGAUGUUGAUGUACAGAAGCUACUGCUAGCCUCCAAUGACAGGGUGGUGGACAUGCAGCACGUUCUAGUGCAGCAGUGUCAGAAACAUACGGAGGUGUUUGCUGUGUUGAAGGAGAGGGUCCUAACCACCACCCCCUGCUCCAUCUCAGAACAGGUCCAGGAACAGGGCACCUGCCAGAGGGUUCUGGGACUACUGGGCAACCUGGGGACACAUGCUGUACAGGAGAAUGGCAGUAUAGAGAUGGACAGUAACGUUUCCUUGGAGAUUCCCCCUCUCACUGUCAUCGCCUACAGCCUCAUAGAGCUAGAGGUCAGGAAAGACGGACACUAUGAGCUGUGUCUCCAGCAUGGUACUCUGGGAGGAUUCGAGACAGACUCUGCGAGGACCUCGCCGUCCCAGGAUUCCUUUGAUGCCCUGUGUGUAGUGGACGGGCUGGAGUGGAUGGAGAAGGAGAUUCCUGAAGGAGCACCACUCAGCACACUGCAGAAAAACUUGCAGGGGUUGGACUUGGAGGUCUAUGCAGGUCAGUUAGCAGUUCUCCCAGAGUCGACCCGGUUAGCUCUGUUCCAAAGACUCCUGGAGGUUCUAGUGGACAGAACCACACUCUCGGUUCUGGAACACAUGUUGGAGGGGUUGUGCAGAGGUGAGGAACCUGACCCUGCAGAGGUAAAGCAAUUAGCUGUGACUCAAAACAAAUCUGUUUUCGCCCUAUUGGACCUGAUCCAGAAAGGCCCAACCAAUGAGAUACAGGCUGACAGAGCCUCCGCCUCCCCUCACCUGACCGCCACUCAUCUGCUGGUCAGCGCCUUGGAGGCGUUGCCUGAAGCUGCUCUGACUCUGCUGGGAGAAUCUAGCCCUGAUUUCCUGGAAGCUCUCAACACUCUGGUGACCAAGCUAAAGGUAAACAGUCAGUCCCUCCCCCUUGAGUCGCUGCCCCUCCCACUACAGGAUGAGGGGGCAUUCCAUUGGGCAGAGCAGCUCCUCUUCUCCUCCAAAGUGACGCUGCGGAGAGAGACUGACAGGCUGUGGGCGGAGACAGGAAGAAAGCCAGGAAUGUUUCCAUUGGUCAUGUGCAUCGCUGUGCAAGGACUGACAUCUCUGUAUACUGGGAAAGGGUAGCAUGCAUAGAUGGAUGGAUGGGUAUGUUUAAAAUGUAUUACGUUUUAUAAAUUCCAGUGCAUCGCUUGUGUGUUUGCCCUAUAUACAGUCGUGGCCAAAAGUUUUGAGAAUGACACAUAUUAAUUUCCGCAAAGUUUGCUGCUUCAGUGUCUUUAGAUAUUUUUGUCAGAUGUUACUGUGGAAUACUGAAGCAUAAUUACAAGCAUUUCAUAAGUGUCAAAGGCUUUUAUUGACAAUUACAUGAAGUUGAUGCAAAGAGUCAAUAUUUGAAGUGUUGACCCUUCUUCUUCAAUACCUCUGCAAUCCGCCCUGGCAUGCUGUCAAUUAACUUUUGGGCCACAUAUUGAUUGAUGGCAGCCCAUUCUUGCAUAAUCAAUGCUUGGAGUUUGUCAGAAUUUGUGGGUUUUUGUUUGUCCACCCGCCUCUUGAGGAUUGACCACAAGUUCUCAAUGGGAUUAAGGUCUGAGGAGUUUCCUGGCCAUGGACCCAACAUAUCUAUGUUUUGUUCCCCGAGCCACUUAGUUAUCACUUUUGCCUUAUGGCAAGGUGCUCCAUCAUGCUGGAAAAGGCUUUGUUCAUCACCAAACUGUUCCUGGAUGGUUGGGAGAAGUUUCUCACGGAGGAUGUGUUGGUACCAUUCUUUAUCCAUGUCUGUGUUCUUAGGCAAAAUUGUGAGUGAGCCCACUCCCUUGGCUGAGAAGCAACCCCACACAUGAAUGGUCUCAGGAUGCUUUACUGUUGGCAUGACACAGGACUGAUGGUAGCGCUCACCUUGUCUUCUCCGGACAAGCUUUUUUUCUGGAUGCCCCAAACAAUCGGAAAGGGGAUUCAUCAGAGAAAAUGACUUUACCCCAGUCCUCAGCAGUCCAAUCCCUGUACCUUUUGCAGAAUAUCAGUCUGUCCCUGAUGUUUUUCCUGGAGAGAAGUGGCUUCUUUGCUGCCCUUCUUGACACCAGGCCAUCCUCCAAAAGUCUUUGCCUCACUGUGAGUGCAGAUGCACUCACACCUGCCUGCUGCCAUUCCUGAGCAAGCUCUGUACUGGUGGUACCCCGAUCCCGCAGCUGAAUCAACUUUAAGAGACGGUCCUGGCACUUGCUGGACUUUCUUGGGCGCCCUGAAGCCUUCUUCACAACAAUUGAACCGCUCUCCUUGAAGUUCUUGAUGAUCCAAUAAAUGGUUGAUUUAGGUCUUACUAGCAGCAAUAACCUUGCCUGUGAAGCCCUUUUUGUGCAAAGCAAUGAUGACGGCACGUGUUUCCUUGCAGGUAACCAUGUUUGACAGAGGAAGAACAAUGAUUCCAAGCACCACCCUCCUUUUGAAGCUUCCAGUCUGUUAUUCAAACUCAAUCAGCAUGACAGAGUGAUCUCCAGCCUUGUCCUCGUCAACACACAUGUGUUAACAAGAGAAUCACUGACAUGAUGUCUGCUGGUCCUUGUGUGGCAGGGCUGAAAUGCAGUGAAUGUUUUUUGGGGAUUCAGUUAAUUUGCAUGGCAAAGAGGGACUUUCAUCUGAUCACUCUUCAUAACAUUCUGGAGUAUCUGCAAAUUGCCAUCAUACAAACUGAGGCAGCAGACUCUGUGAAAAUUAAUAUUUGUGUCUUUCUCAGCCUACAGCCAUGACUGUACACUCAAUGAAUUAUGUAUUUCUGGAGACACUUAUAAAAAGCUGUAAAAGAAUAUACUCCAGAAUAGAUUUUCAGAAACGUUAAUGUGUUUGGAAAGAAAUUGAAAGCCUUUGUGAUUGAGUCGACAUACCAUUUACUGUAAACGGCGUCUCCACUAAAGCAGGAGAAUUGCCUUAAAAUGUAAAGCUGAACUUGUGCAAUGCGGAUUGAAUAGAGCUCUCGCAGUAUAUUACCUCUACAUUUAAUGUAGAAGUGUUUAAAUAUAUUCUAUUCUUAUUUACAAUAAAAGUGACUCAAAUGACACAAUGCAUAAUUUUGUACUGAAGAAUGUUUGUUUCAAAUGCUUGUUUUGUUUUUCACGUUUUGUGUUUGCUUUUCAUGUAUUGUGCAAUUGAUGUGUAUAUAGUUACAGGUAACUGCCAAAAUAAAGGAAACAUCAACAUAAAGUGUCUUAAUAUAGCAUUGGUCCACAGCAAUCCAGAACAGUUCCAAUGUGCCUUGGCAUGAUUUUACAAGUGUCUGGAACUCUAUUGGAGGGAUGCGACACCAUUCUUCCACCAGAAAUGUCAUCAUUUGGUGUUUUGUUGAUGGUGGUGGAAAACGCUGUCUCCGGCGCCGCUCCAGAAUCUUCCAUGAGUUUAAUUGGGUUGAGAUCUGGUGAAUCAGACAACCACGGCAUAUGGCUGACAUUGUUUUCAUGCACAACAAACCUUUCAGGCACAUCUUGUGCCCUGUGGGUGGGGGCAUUGUCAUCCUAUGGGGGCAUAGCCAUGGUAGCCUAAAUAUCCAGCAUUUUUAUACAUGACCCUAAGCAUGAUGGGAUGUUAAUUGCUUAAUUAACUCAGGAACCACACCCGUGUGGAAGUACCUGCGUUAAAUAUGCUUUGUAUCCCUGUUUCUAUUAUCUUGGCAGUCACCUGUCUAUUGCCUCUAAGACAGGAAGUCAAAGCAUAUUGCUAUUUGUGUAAGAUCAUAAGGCUUUUAAUAAUAUCAAUAUGUUGCAUUUCAUCAUUUCACAGUUCUACGUAGUUGCAAUGCUGCCACUAAACUAUGCAUUCUGUGUUUUUAAUCAAAUGUACUGUAUAUUUAUGAACCAUCCAUUGUCUCUGAAUGGUGUUAAAUAUGAACUAAACACAGCCAUUACCCAAAACAACAAAGGACAAAUACUUUCCAGAUGAUUUUCUGUCAAUUUAAUGUAACAAUGAAUUGCUUUAGAGAUGUGUUUUACAACACAAGGUUGUUGUAGGACACCAGUUGGGACUUUGUUCAGAAUGACCACAGAAAACAGUCAGAAUAUAGUAUUUGGGUUACAGCUCAGGAGGGCUUUGGUGCUUUGACACCGGAGGAGGGCUUUGGUGCUUUGACACCGGAGGAGAACUGUGGGAGACACUGGAGGAGGCCUUUGGUGCUUUGACACCGGAGGUGGACUGUGGGAGACACUGGAGGAGGCCUUUGGUGCUUUGACACCGGAGGAGAACUGUGGGAGACACUGGAGGAGGCCUUUGGUGCUUUGACACCGGAGGUGGACUGUGGGAGACACCGGAGGAGGCCUUUGGUGCUUUGACACCGGAGGAGGGCUUUGGUGAUUUGACACCGGAGGAGAACUGUGGGAGACACUGGAGGAGGGCUUUGGUGCUUUGACACCGGAGGUGGACUGUGGGAGACACUGGAGGAGGUCUUUGGUGCUUUGACACCGGAGGAGGGCUUUGGUGCUUUGACACCGGAGGAGGGCUUUGGUGCUUUGACACCGGAGGAGGACAGUGGGAUAGUAUUGUUUCGUGCCACAUCAACUAAUUAAAAAAAUGUAAAGCACCUUACAUACAGAUCAGGGUAGAUGGUGAAUGGUAAAAGCAGGAUGUAGUCUGUUCAAUAUAGAAAACGCAAAGCAAAGGAUCACGGGAGACGAGUCACUAAGCUAAAAAUGAUCAUAGCCACAAAAGACAGUGAAUCCUACGGUAGUAAAAGAAAAACGAAGAAACACUUAAAUGCUGAUAUUCAAUAGUACAAUGUAAAGUAUAAAGCUCUUUCCCUUUCAUUCUCUUUGUAGGAUGUGUGUGAGAGAGAUACUCAGACAAGUUCAUUUUUGCUGAGGUCAAAAUUCUGAAGAGGUAAAUACAAACGUCAGGGGGUAGCCUAACAGUACACUG